GUUAAGUCAACAACGCCGACGCAACACAUGCACACUCGCAAAGCUAAUAUUUUUCGGGCGUACAUCAUUGUACUUCUGCACUGAGGGCCACGCGCUUGGGGGCUGCUCAUCAACCUCAUCAUCAACAGUGUCAUUAGGCUACCAGCGGGCGCGCGAGAGAGGGGCAGGCUCCCUAUAUUUAACGCGCCGAUGAUACCAACUUAAGUCAGUUCGUCCGCAUUAGCCACGACAACGAAAUAUUCAGCAUGACUUUCAACCCGGUGAAUUCGCUUCCAGUCACUAUGAAAGCAAUGAUUUUCGUUAUUUUAUAACACAGGCUUUCGUACAGCAUAGUGUUAAAUUAAUAUUUAAAAGAAUUAAAUUAAAUAUUACGAGUUUUAUCGUGAUUUAAACUUUAAUUAAAUAAAAACAAGUGUAUUAUACUAUCGAUAAACAUGGAGACAAAGUUGGUUAUGAGUCCUAAAUACGGUUCGACUUAUCACACGUGGGUAGACUACGGCUACAUGUAUUCAAGUGAUCAACUCCUGCCGAUUUUGGAAAAGAGACGCAAUAUGAAAGAAGAUGGCGUUUUCUUUUGUGGUCUACUAAAAACCGAUCUGCUCUUCGUUGUUUAUUUGAUGUUCUACGUGAUGUAUCUUUGUUUCGGUGCGGCCAUGUUCAGCAUAAUGGAAACCCCCGGUGAAAUGGCGGUUGCCUACCGUCUGCAGGCCAGUCGCCAACAGUUUCUGCUCAAGUAUCCGAAUGUACAAGAUGAGGACUUGGAAAGAUUUAUCGCUGAAGUAGUGGCUGCAUCAAAUCGAGGCAUUUCUGCUCUGCAUAAUGUCACAGAUGAACCGAACUGGAGUUUUGGGCAAAGUUUGUUUUUCAGUGGGACUGUAGUUACCACAAUAGGUUAUGGGCACGUGACGCCGCUGAGCCGCGCUGGGAAGGCUUUCUGCAUAAUUUACGCGAUAUUCGGCAUUCCAUUCACGCUGGUCCUUCUCUCAGCGCUCGUGGAGCGCCUACUGGUACCUGUCGUGUGGUUCUUGGAAUUUCUCAACACCAAGUUGGGUCAUCUCUAUCAACCAUUCAAGAUUCGUAUCUUGCAUCUGCUCAUUGUCGUCGUGGUGGUGAUCAUCGCAUUCAUGCUGAUACCUGCUGGAAUAUUCGCUGCGCUGGAACCCGAAUGGGAUUAUCUGGAUUCGUUGUAUUAUUGCUUUAUUUCCCUGACAACCAUCGGCCUUGGGGAUUACAUCCCGGGUGAUGCGCCAAUGCAACCAAUGCGAACGCUCUACAAAAUUCUAACCACCGCUUAUCUUAUUAUCGGUAUUACAUUUAUCAUGACCACGCUGGCGGUGUUCUACGACAUCCCUCAACUUAACCUUGGUUUACUCUUUUCCGGCGGAGAGGAGGAUUUUGAACGUUUGCGUCUCAUCAGCAAUGCCAGCAAGAGUUACAUGAACGAUGCCGAUCCGAAACUGGUAGAGAGCAGGAAUGUCGUUAAGGUGAAGAGUCGCAUCAGCGACAACAGUUUAAGUCCGCCUCAGAAUUAUUGAAUCGAAGAUUGACGAUCAGUGCGAUGAUACGGUGACAAGAUUACAACGAAGCAGAGUAAACAAAAAAAAAAUGCCGGCAUACGCGAUGCGUCAAAUUAUCUAUCUUCAUGUAAACAGUUGUUGUUGUCUUUCCUAUCGUAAUGCACACCCAAUAUCUGUGUUAGUUGAAUGUUCGAAGGCGCAAACACAUUGCACUGAAUGAAAGACUUGAAAGGACUUGGACGUACGUGUUUAAUGUUUAUGUUUGCUAAGUUGUUGAAGCAAAGCUCUCAUACGAGGGAUGCGGCUGAAUGAAAGUCGCAAUCAAACGAUUGCAACGCUCGGACCUGAAUGCGAAUAUCGAAAAAUAUUUUCUAAUUGUAAAUUAAUGUAGUCAUGAGUAUGUAAUUCACUGACUAUGUGAGCAAAGUACUUAUUUAUGGAUAAAUAUUGCAAUAAAUGACUAUACACAAAGGAAUAAA